GUAUGUUUAUUUUACAAAUACCGGGAUGAACCCCGUUGACGCGACGGUUGUGAAUUGGGGCUAUACAAAUCAAAUUGAAGUGAAUUCGUGUUCUGAACACGUACAGGGAUGAGAACCUGCCCCGACAAACAGGGAUUCUGUUUUUGCCUAAUUUCACCAGCAAGGAUUCACACGCACCUCAUUUUCAGGAACAGACAACCUCAACAUUUGAGAUGCUUCUUCAUGGAAGCUGCUGAACUUUAGCUGCUGUUUAGAUUUUUAGGACAGUGAUUUUCAUCAAACUCAAACAGAGCUGCUUUUUUCAGCAGAAUGAGCAGCUGAUUGCGUUGUUGGAGAUAAACUACAGACGUCAAAGGCCACAAACGGAUGAAGUCAGUGAACCCGGGUUCUGAAACUCAACAAUGCACACCAAGGGAAACUGCUGUUGCUCUUUUGAAGACUACAAGCUGACCACCGAAUGGCUGAUGAACCAGACAAGUCAUCGUCCCAAGGUGGCAAUAAUCUGUGGAUCAGGACUUGGACUGUUGGCUGAUGGUGCCUCCAACAAACAAACCUUCAGGUACCAGGACAUCCCCAACUUUCCCAUCAGCACAGUUCCAGGUCAUGAUGGCUGUCUGGUCUUUGGGACAAUUGAGGACAGAUCUUGUGUCUUCAUGAAGGGUCACUUCCACCUGUAUGAAGGUUACACCCUUUGUCAGGUGACAUUUCCAGUGAGGAUCUUUAAGCUGAUGGGGGUGGAGUUGGUGCUUGUCACGAAUGCCUCUGGAGGAAUAUGCCCAGAUUUUAAGGUCGGAGACAUCAUGAUCAUUAAAGAUCACAUCAAUCUACCAGGUUUCGCCGGACAGCAUCCACUUUGUGGCCCCAACGACGAGCGGUUUGGGAUCAGGUUCCCAUGCAUGUCGGAUGCCUACAGCAAAGACAUGAGAAGUGUGGUGGUUGACAUAAGCACUGAGCUUGGCUGCAGCGACUUUAUCAGAGAGGGCGUGUACUGCAUGGUUAGCGGACCAAACUUUGAGACUAUUGCUGAGGCCCGGAUGCUGUGGAUUCUAGGCUGUGACUCUGUGGGCAUGAGUAUGGUUCCUGAGGUGACUGUGGCCAAACACUGUGGGCUGCAGGUGGUUGCACUCUCCCUCAUCACUAAUAAGGUGUCUCUGGAUUAUAGUCGGGAGGAGAAAGUGAACCACGAGGAGGUUCUGGAGAUCUGUAAAAUGAGAGCCGAGCUUCUACAGAAACUGGUCACCUCCCUGAUCAGUCGCUUCAACCAGCAGCAGAUUAUCAACACAAACUAAAUUGACGAUCUCCCUGCAGGGUGUCAGACAGAAGCUUUCCUCAUAAAUGCUCUCAUUUUGCU